AUGUCUCGCGUCAUUGUUGUCGGUGGCGGUCUAUCCGGCCUGAGCGGUGAGUCCUACAUCCGACGACCACUUUGAGCCCCGUCCGCGAAACCAUCUCGUUGAUGCUGAUGCGCCUUCUCCAUUUGCAGCCGCACACACUGCGCUUGAGCGUGGUGCCAGCGUUCUCGUUCUUGACAAGGUGAGCGGGAAAGAUUGCUUCUUCAGCUUUGGAUAAGACUCCCGCUUCGGGUGGCCUUGCUGUGCCCAUUCUCUCGCUUUCGACUCGACUGAGCACGUCACGAGAUGCGGCAGCUACCGCUUGCGCCACGCUGCGCACCAAUGAGCCUGCAUUCACGCCUUGCCUCUUGCUCCUUCCUCAGAACCCCUUCUUUGGCGGCAACUCAACCAAGGCCACUUCAGGUAUCAAUGGUGCAGGGACCAACACCCAAUCAGAGCUCAGCAUUCCAGACAGCGCCAAGAUUUUCUUCGAGGUGAGUUUGCGAGUUUGCAGGCUGCGACUGCGCUUACAUUCGAGACACUGCUGACGCUUACAUGAUGCACUGCUGUUGUUCGCAAUUUGCAGGACACCAAAAAGUCUGCUCGUGACCUGGCGCGACCUGAUCUGAUCAAAGUCCUCACUGGCCGGUCCGGCGAGGCCGUCAACUGGCUGCAAGACCGCUUCGGUCUGGAUCUGUCCAAGGUCUCCAGAUUGGGUGGUCACUCGCAGCCUCGUACCCACCGUGGUGGCGCCCAAUUCCCCGGCAUGACGAUCACCUAUGCCCAGAUGGAGAAGCUGGAGGAUCUUGCCGAGUCCGACCCUGAGCGCGUGCAGAUCAUCAAGAAGGCGCGCGUUACCAGCCUUAUCUACGAGAAUGGCGAGGUCAAGGGUGUGGAGUAUGAGACUGCUGGACAGAAGCACCAGGAACGCGGUGCCGUCGUCCUCGCCACUGGCGGUUACGCAGCAGACUUUGACGAUGUCAACUCUCUGCUCAAGAAGCACCGUCCAGACCUCGUUCACCUUCCCACCACCAACGGAGACCACUGCACCGGUGAUGGUCAAAAGAUGGUCGCCUCUAUCGGUGGUCGCCUGAUCGAUCUCGAAAAGGUGCAAGUUCACCCCACUGGUCUCGUUGACCCACGUGACCCAGACGCCAAGGUCAAGUUCCUUGCUGCCGAGGCUCUCCGUGGCUGCGGUGGUCUGCUCCUCGACAACGAGGGACAGCGAUUUGCUGACGAGCUUGGUCACCGUGACUACGUCACUGGCCGCAUGUGGGAGAACAACAAGUUCCCAGUACGCCUAGUCCUGAACGGAGCCGCGUCCAAGGAGAUCGAGUGGCACUGCAAGCACUACGAGGGCCGUGGCUUGAUGCGCCGCUUCGAGGGCGGUGAUGCGCUCGCCAAGGAGAUUGGCAUUCCUGCUGACAAACUCAAGGCUACCUUUGAGGACUACAACGCCAUUGCCACCGGUAAGAAGAAGUGCCCCUUCAACAAGAAAUUCUUCCACAACGCAGACAUGCGCAUGAACGACACUUUCUACGUUGCCCUCAUGACUCCUGUGCUCCACUACACCAUGGGAGGUCUGGAGAUCGAUCCCACUUCUCGCGUGAUUGACAGCCAAGGCAAGCCCAUUCCCGGUCUCUUCGCUUCCGGGGAGAUUGCUGGUGGUGUUCACGGAGCCAACCGUCUGGGAGGCUCUUCCCUCUUGGGCUGCGUCGUCUUUGGUCGUGUCGCUGGUGACUCUGCCACCGCUUUCUUGCUGAACCAGUACACCUCCGGCAAGGCUGCUUCCCGUGUCGGCCAGGUUGCCCAGCACCUGGAGACCACUGUUCGCGUCAACCCGGAGAACUACAACGUCAACUUGACCUUCUCUUGGGCUGGCCAACAGCAGGCUGGUGCGGGCGCAUCCGGCGCUCUUCAACAGUCGAGCGCCCCGGUUCAACAAGCUGCGCAAGCCCAGACUGAAGGCAACGCCAGUGCGGGCCCUGCAACUCAAAAGGCGCCUCCUCAAAAGGCGGAGGAGAACAAGGGAUCCAAGACGUACACUAUGGACGAGGUCGCCAAGCACUCCAAAGAGAGCGAUGUGUGGGUCGUCGUGGGCGAUCAGGUCCUGGACGUGACCAACUUUUUGCCGGACCACCCUGGAGGACCCAAGGCGAUCUUGCUUUACGCUGGAAAGGAUGCGACAGAAGAAUUCGACAUGAUGCACGACCGCGCCGUCAUCAAGCGUUACGCUGCUGACGCCGUCAUCGGAUCCAUCGCCAAGUGA